GAGGCUGAAAGUGAAAGUGGAUCAGCGGCGCGUGAUGAGGCUGCUGUCCGCGCUGGCUCGCCUGCUCCGGGACACCAUGGCCCGGUUAGGAGAGCUGCUGCUCGGCCCCGCGCUGCGGGGGCUCGGCUGGCUCUGGGGGCGACUCCCCCCGCUGCGGCAGCUCUGCUACGCGGCCUGGGCCGCCCUCCCGGGGGCCCUGCGGGCACUCCCGCUGCCCUGGAGGAGCCGGGGCGGGCCUGAGCCGGGAGGGAGCGAGGAGGACGGGCGGGGGACCGGGGGGACCGGCGGCCCCGCCGGCUCCGGCAACCUCGGCGGCCCCGGGCACCGCGUCGAGGACCGCCCGGAGCGCGACGAGUUCACCGGGGAAGAUUACCGGGUGGAGGCCACGGAUGAGUUUUACUGCAGCUACGACUCCACCUGGGAGACGGAGGAGAGCCCCGGGCCCCCCGGGGCCCCCGGGGCCAGGAGCAGGAGUUCACCGGGAUACGGAAACUCCAAGUUCAGCAGAUUUGUAAGUGCUGCAAGAGACAUGCAGAACUACAGGCACGGUUACCCUAACCAGUUCAGGAUGCAACACCGGAGACAUGAAGCACAACAGAACGAUAAACCCAAUCUGAGCUUCUACCUCGGACACACGUCCUCCUCACCAGACGGCGUCUUCAUAUCCGAGUUCCAUGACGAAUGGUACGGGAAUUACGACCAGCUGGAAUACGUGCACACCUACAUCCAGUGGUUGUUUCCCCUGCAGGAACCGGGGAUGAACCGUGACGCCAGCACGCUGACCCAAGAGGAAAUCCAGGACUUUCUUGAUAGCAGCGUUGCAAAGGAGAAUCUGCUGAAGUCGUACAAGCUCAUGUUGGACUUUUACGGUAUGCAGUUGGCUGACGAGGCAACCGGAGAGGUGAUGAGGGCCGACCACUGGAUGGAGAGAUUCAACAACCUGAACAGCCGCACACACAACAACCUGCGCAUCACGCGCAUCCUGAAGUGCCUGGGAACCCUGGGAUUCCAGCACUACCAGGCCCCGCUGGUCCACUUCUUCCUGGAGCAGACUCAGGUCCAAGGAGAACUUCCAAACGUCAAGGACAGCGUGCUCAACUACUUCCUGUUUGGCGUCCUUGACAAGAGUGAGCGCAGGAAGCUCCUCAAGUUCGCCUACCUGAACUCGCGCGCCACAGAGGAGUUUGUGUGGUGCCCGAGGAAGAUCCAGACGCUGUGGUCCAGGCCCGGCGGGUCCAGGCUCAGACGGAAGAGGAAACGCGUGGGUGCCUCCGGCCCGUCGGCGGAGCUCUACAGCUCAGACGAGAGCCAGGACGAGGACACGGCCGAGCCCUCGGCCACGUUCUGAUAAGCGGCGUUGCAGGCGAGAACUCGCCGCACCGCUGACUAACGGGCUGCAGUUUGUUUUUUACUAACGUGGGUAAAUGUUUUCAUGCACCCCAAUUAUCCAAAGCAGUUGUUCUUGUACAAGACAAUAAAUAUGGAUGUUUAUUUUCUGAUUCCUACUGUUGUUCUGAACUCCCAAGUGCUUUUAUCACAGAUGUUUCAACAGAUGUUCAUCAUUCCCAGCGGCUGGAAACGCUUUCUAGUCUCUCAUAAUGGUUGUUUGAAUCCAGUUCCUUCUUAUUUGAGAGUUUAUACCUGUUUAUACCUGUGCAAUUUUUCCCAAUAAAGACAUUGUUGAA